AUAGAUACGGAUAACUUCAUCACAGACUCGUGUGCCUCUCCUCUAUAUAAGUUACAUACUCCCAACACUCCCCUCUCUAUCUAUAUAGUCAGGCCUUGAUAGUUGAUAGCCUCACUCACAGCCAACAGCCCGCAGGAGAAGAUGGAAUCGGAGAAGGCGGUGGAAACUGCCAUGGUCGGCAACUAUGUAGAAAUGGAGAGCGAAGGAAAGCCCAGGACCAUCAAAUCCAGGCUGUCCAAGCUCUUGUGGCACGGCGGUUCUGUUUACGAUGCAUGGUUCAGCUGUGCUUCCAACCAGGUGGCUCAAGUGCUGCUUACGCUGCCUUACUCAUUUUCCCAGCUGGGAAUGCUGUCCGGCGUACUUUUUCAACUCUUCUACGGCUUGCUGGGCGGCUGGACCGCCUACCUCAUCAGCAUCCUCUACAUUGAAUACAGAACCAGAAAAGCGCGAGAGAAAGUCGAUUUCAGGAACCAUGUCAUCCAGUGGUUCGAAGUUCUUGAUGGACUGCUUGGAAAGCACUGGAGAAACGUGGGCCUGGCAUUUAACUGCACUUUCCUACUGUUCGGAUCUGUCAUCCAGCUGAUCGCCUGCGCAAGCAACAUAUACUACAUAAACGACAAGCUGGACAAAAGGACGUGGACUUACAUAUUCGGAGCGUGCUGUGCCACCAGCGUGUUCAUUCCUUCGUUUCACAAUUACAGAAUCUGGUCCUUCUUGGGUCUCCUCAUGACCACUUACACUGCCUGGUACCUCACCGUCGCUUCUCUUCUCCACGGCCAGGUGGAAGGGGUGAGGCAUUCGGGUCCCACCAAGCUGGUACUUUACUUCACGGGGGCCACCAACAUUCUCUACACAUUCGGGGGACAUGCUGUUACAGUGGAGAUAAUGCACGCGAUGUGGAAGCCGGAGAAGUUCAAGAGCAUAUACUUAUUGGCAACGGCGUAUGUGCUGACGCUGACGCUUCCGUCGGCUGCGGCAGUUUACUGGGCCUUCGGCGACCUGCUCUUGGAUCACUCCAACGCCUUCUCUCUGCUUCCCCGAUCGGCCUUCCGAGAUGCCGCCGUGAUACUGAUGCUGAUCCACCAGUUCAUAACCUUCGGCUUCGCCAGCACGCCUCUCUACUUGGUGUGGGAGAAAGCCAUCGGCAUGCACUCCUCCACCAGCCUCUGCAAGCGAGCCGCCGUCAGAUUGCCCGUCGUUAUCCCCAUUUGGUUCUUGGCCAUCAUCUUCCCUUUCUUCGGUCCCAUCAAUUCCACCGUCGGAUCCCUCCUUGUCAGCUUCACCGUCUACAUCAUCCCCGCUCUGGCCCACAUCUUCACCUUCCUCUCCCCUUCUUCCCGACAGAAUGCGGUGGAGCAGCCCCCAAAGUUCGUCGGAAGGUGGGUGGGAACGUUCACGAUCAACGUGAUAGUGGUAGUGUGGGUGAUGGUGGUAGGGUUUGGAUUCGGUGGGUGGGCGAGCAUGGUUAAUUUCAUACACCAGAUCGACACCUUCGGCCUCUUCACCAAAUGCUAUCAGUGCCCCAUCCCUUCGUCACUACCCGCGCGGCCGCCGCCGCCGCCGCAGCUAAUUUUCAAUGCCACCGCGCCCGCGCCCUCGCCGGCUCUUCACCCUCCCCAUCGAUCAACUUCCUCCCCGUUGAUAUAUACGUAGAUGCAUAUCAUGAAUGCCGCCCAUUUGGCCGCCUGCUAAACAAAUUUAUGUAUUUUUUGCUUCUUCGGUGCUGUCUGUCUCUUGUAGAGUCUUUUUUGGUGAAUUGACUCCAGGACUUCAUUUCUCAUCAUUCAUUUCUCGUCCCUUGUUACCAUGUCAUAUUUUCAUAAUCCAAAAAUGCUCCUCCCCAAAUAAAGCCAACAUCAUUUCUCUC